UACAACGGAGUUGUUUCUCGGCUGGAUUCGAUCGUUACGAAUAUAUUUUGUCAGCUUUCUCCUCUUAACUGCGAUAUGUUACAUUUUCUGUUAUGUGCUCGGAAGAUCGAACGCCAUCUGCGAAACGGCUGUUUCGCAACCUAACCCUGAUGUGUCAGAGAGAGAGAGAGAUAAGACGCGGUGACGUGCACCCGUAUGCCGAGAUUUACUUCAACGACACGAAAGAUGCGUGUUGCGUGAUUAAAGAUCACGUAAAUAAUAAUCACACGUCUCGCAUUUCCCGUUUGAUCGCAGGACUUCGCUCGCUCUGGCGAUACUUCCCUCAAAUUCUCCAUGUUUUGGCAACCUGACCUAACCUUCAAACUAGAACAGGAACAUCCUCACGAGGGAUGUCGAGGUAUUUAACGGAGAGGAACGAGAUAUUAUAAUUGACCCCGCAGUCAGCGCUCUCUGCAGCUUUCGGAAGCUCCUGGUGCGCGAUGGGAGAGAUAAAUGUGUGUUUUCAAAUUGACACCGACAAUCGCGAGAACUUCUCGUCCUCCUUCGCAUUUCAAACCUUCAGAAAACAGAGGGACGCUUUCUACGACAUACUGCGAAUCUGGGAGGAGAAUCACUUGGUGCCGGGAUGGGUGUUUCAGAUCGCUCUGGGCAGUAAGAUACGAUCUAUGUUGACGUUACACAACGACUCCACUAAUUAUUAUCACAUUGCCAGAUUAUUUAAGUCUCAGCUACUGAUAUCGUGUAUACAGAACGGACAUCAGGAUGACGUGGUGGACGACGAGAGUUUGAAUUUCUUGAAAACUUUGAAGCACAUUAAUCCUGAGAAAUUGACGCAGCUCAGCAAGAGAUUCGUGACUCCCUUACCGUCGCAAGGUCACAAUGUCGGCCCCUCGUUUCCCGGCAUGCAGGAAUUUUUCAAAGAUUUCAUACUGCACGCAUUCAAUCCGAUAUUUUACUCCCAUCUGGAAAAUUGUUUCGUGUACGAGAUAAUGGAGUUAAAUGACAACCAAUUCGCUAACAGUGAGAUCGAAGACUCAGAGACAAUGGUUGACGAGCAAACGCAGCAGAACUUCACCACUUGCUUGUCCAGUUUGAGACUACUCGCGAAAGUAUUAGGGUUUCUAGUAUCAUUGCCGUACAGAUCUGAAUCCACCACCAAAGAGAUAAUAAUGACGCAGGUCGACAUAAGAAGCAAGGUAUUACCGUCGUUAAAUUUGCAAGCGUGUCUCCAGAACGCCGUGAUCGAGGGUAAACUCUCGCUGACGAUACCUUGGAUGGUCAAGUAUUUAGCCAUGAUGGAUGCGGUGUCGCUUCGGUUGCCGUAUUACAAGCAAGUUUUAGAAUUGCUGUAUUGCAUUUACUGUGCCAUCAAUUGCACCGAUUUCUCCGCUCCCGACUGCCUGAUUUCCCAACAAGCGGCCGUGCUACUCAAAUCCAGUCUGUGCUGGCUGUUCGAAUUGCCGAAUUUCCCCAAGGACUUCUGCCUCGCCUGGCAAAACACCUGCAAAGUCAAGGAACUGAAAACUCUCAAACAAACGGAGAAGUCUUCCGUGCAGAAGAGGAACUCUCACUGCGUCACCGACAAUCGUGCCGUCAAGUGUAGUUUGGACAAGCUGGACAUAAUCACCGACAGAACGAUGCGCAUGUGCUGCCCGCGGACGGACUCCACGAUCUCCGUGUUCAACGGAAACGGCACGAGUUUAAAUAUCGGUUCCAACAAGCACGUCACACCCAUCACCAGUCAAUUGCGCAAAUUAAAUGGCAGCACACGCGCCAAACACUUGGAGCUUCAACUGGAAGAAGCUUUCUUCCACGGCCAGCCGGCUUCCACCCGAAAAACUGUCGAUUUCGUUUCCGACCGGGUCGCAUCAACCUGCGUGAAGCACAUAUGCAACACGAUGCUGUCUUCCGCGCGGGAAGCUAAUUUGAGUGCUUUUCGAAAAAUCCUGAAACAGGUGCACGUCGAGAGAGAUUCCGAGGGUCAGAGCGAGUCGUCUGUGAAUUGGAUCAAUGGAUUUAAGGAUCUUCUGGCGAGCGACAUGAAUACUCUGGCCAAUAAUGUGUCGAAGGAGCUGAAGGAACAAUGCGAGAAAAUGAUUCCAGCCAUUUGCGAGGCGCGAGUCGCAACGUCGAUCGAAUCACUGCUUGCGGAAGACUCUUUGGCGCCGGUUAAGGAGAUGUGCACGAAAAUUACGACUAGGAUAGCUAUGGAACGGAUAUAUCAGUGGAUUCAGUCACAUAUCGUCGGUGGUUCUUUGUUCAUGAAAGACAUGGAACUUGAGAUCAACAGAUUCCUUCGGAACAACAGUCCGGUGCACACUAAGCAGGAGAAACGUCACAAUUCGGAUGCUCCUAGUCCUACUGUCGUGAUAGACGAGCUCAGAGAAUUAGUAUGGGACAUGAUAGAUAAUCGAGGCGAAGGUAUGACUGUACCUUUGAUAUUGGAUAUCUUAGACAAACUGUACAGUGCGUUCAAUGACAGGGCUGAUUUGUUGCCGGGACCGGAGAAAAUUCUGUAUCACCUCAGUAUUGACUUCUCCUUGUUUUUAGUCGCAUACAGAACGGACCUUUUCGUACGAGAGGUGCAAGAUAAACUAAUCAAGAUUUGGUCGUUGGACUGUUUGAAAGACGACCAGGCGGACUCGCCCAUACACAGGCUGUUUUGUCCCAGAAAUAUCAUGUUGCUUGCGCAGCCGGAAAACGACACGAUGUGGCCGAUCUAUGGCAAAUUUUUGAGGAGAUUGUUAGAGGCCAAGAUACUCGACGGAGACAGUCUGAGUGACCAGUGUGUGGCUUUAUUUAGGCAAGAUUGGCCUGUGCCUUUGUUGAAGCUCCUAUCAAAAUGUCUCACCGAGGCCAUCGAAGAUUACAAGACUACCGACGAGGCGACGGAAAAGAUCAAAUAUCUUCUAGGCUGGAUAGCCGAGACAUAUCACGAGAUUGAAUUUUGCAACGAUUACGAUGUAUAGACUGAGCCAUGACGCCUAGUUGCGAUCACGACUGUUCUACGAUCCGAAAGUACGAAUUGUUGGCAUCAUCACUUGUUGUAAAUAAUACUUUACUCGCUUCGUGUAUACGUGUAUAUUAUGUAAAAAUUUUACCGCUCGAGGUUUUAACGUUUGAUCGAUUGGAAAGAAACGCUCGCGUUGCUCUGUAUAUGUAUGAGUAAGUGACGAGAUAAAAUUUUAAAUAAGAAUAGCUUCUAACUUUUUGUAUUCGAUGAAAUAUUAAUGAACGAAAAUACACGAUAUAUUUUUCGCUAAUCGACCGUCACACCAACCACCAACGUGUCUCUGUGUGAGUGUCUUUCUCUCUAUGUGGGCGAGGUAACCUUAGCCAAGGUCAGGCGACCCUGUCGAGACCUCGGCGCCAUUCCUUGAUGCGUCGAGUUUGUGUAGCCUUUUGUUCCUCGAAAAUUAGGUCAUCCACUUCAUUCCAUUCCCGCGACUCCGAAUGCCUGACUGUUACCUCGUCUCAUACAAUGAAAUCUGAUUACCGUACUUCCCGCUUAGUUUGACAAUUGUACGGCGAGAUACCGGCGUUACCCAAGUCAUGCGUUACUCUGUACGAGUACACGAGAUGUUAAUCAUUUAAUGGAAAGUGAGUAGCAGUGAAAAGCAAUUCGCUGCUCGAAAUAUCUGUCUUUUAGGGCGACUCGCGUGAAAACCCCGAUUAAAUUAAUCGUUGCCGUGUAGUCAAAUGUCGUCUGCAUUAUCUUGCCAACAUAGAUAGAUAUCACGAGUUUUUCGAUCAAACGGCAGGUUACUGAACGGAAAUUGGUGCUGGAAAUUUUUAUUAUUCAUCGAGAAGCUUGUAAGGUG